AUGUCCGCCAAAGCCAUGAAGACCGCCUCGCGCAUUCCCAUCCCAGACAGCAAGAAAGCUACCGUGAUCGAUGUGAAGAAGAAUCGACUAUCAGGAUCGAUGCUUGUCAAACCAUCACCCUCUUUCGGCAGUCGUCGACUCGCUUCGCCCGAAGCAUUGAAAGUCCUUGAGAACGGUAAGAUGCGUCGCCAGCUGAAACGCAUGCCAACAGAUGGAAGCCUGCAACGUAUACGCACAGAACGCAUGUGGGAGAUGGAGAGCAAUGCGACAGUCUCCACCGACGCUCCUUCGCUGUCGUAUAGUCUCGACACCUCUCCGGACGGCACCCUGGCGCCCAGCUCACCUGAUGGCCAUCAUGCGGCAACAGACUCGUCUGAUACCGACGACGCCGGCUCGUCUCCGCCUGCUCAGCCUUACUGCCCAGGGCUGUCUCCAUACAACAAGGCCGCGCAUCUGCUUGAUGCCACGUUCGAUGGAUCCCACUCCGACUCUGAAGGUGAUCAGGGCCUCAGACGAUUCAAAGCUACUGCACCACCCACGAACAGUCCGUUCACCGCCCCGCUGCCCACCAUCCCGUCGGAGGCUCUUCUUUCCGUCGCGGAUAUGCACCGGCACGACCACCCCUCCUCCGAGCUGUCCCUAGCCCUCUCCCAUCUAGAAGGCAAAGGUAGUCCACCCAAGACUGAUGUCGACCGCCAGACCCUGCUCAACAUGUUCGGACAUCUGAAGCGCAGCCUGGACAAGAGCAAGAAGAAGAGCGUUUCACUGGCGGAGAAUGCGGCAAUGGCGGAAAAGUACCUCGCCAAGAACAGCAGCGUCGAAUCAAACAUGGGCGAGAUGGUGCGGAACGAGGUCGGUGCGGGAAAUGCAUCCGACACCAUGAGCAGGCUCGAGACAACAUCAAGCGUCUGCGGUGAGAACGGAGAGGCGGCGGCUAUGAGCAAGUGGUCGAGCAGCACGCCUUCGGACAACGCCACUUCCCCCUCUGCGGAGCACUUCGCCUCUGGUCAAGCCUUACAUUCAGUCAACUCUCGGAAGUCGAAUACUGUCUCCGCGGGUUCCGUCAACACCACCACCUCUAUUGGCUACCCAUCUCGCACGCCGGCAGUGCCUGACAAUCUCUCGGCUCAAACGCCAGAAGCGGCUGCAACUCCUCCUCCCGUGGCUCGUCGUCGAUCCUCUCCAACGCUUGGCAAGACCAGCCAAGCUCACCUGCCAGGUUCAGUCCGAGCGGCCAGGCAAGGUAUGAAGGAAGGAACAGCUUCUUUCGCCCGCACCACUGCUUCAUCUGAGUCAAAGAAGACGUCUCGCAUCCCCGCUUUGAGUCCGAAAACCGGCAGUCCGCAGGAAGUACUGUCUCGUGGUCGCAAGCCUACGUCUGUGCGGAAGAGUCAAUCGCAGGCCGUGAACACAUCCAAAUCGAAGGUGCAGAGGCCGCGUUCCAGAAGUCGCUAUGUCCUCGACAAGAUCAACGGUCUUUUCUCCGGCAGGCGCGAGAGGCAGAGCGAAGAAAUCCCUCCCGUUCCACGCAUCGAUGAGAAGGUCUUCAACCGCAUUUCUCCCAACCACAUGAACGGCAGUGCAAUCACGCCAGACAAAGUUCCGACAGCAAGCACCUCUGGUGCUCCUCAACUGCCCAACACGCUCCGUGCAUCGCUGUCCAGUCAAAUUGCCUUGCAUGGCUUUUCGGUCGGCGAGACGGGUGUCAAUGAAGAUGAACAUGACGACAGUUCACGAUCGGUGGAGAAUCUGACCGAGCACAUUGUCGGAAGAGCGCAGAUGGAGCUGAACCCUCAUCGCAAAGCGCGGCUCCUCAACUUUGCAAAGGUGUUAAACGACUCGCUCCUCAGCGCACGCGAAGCACGCAUCAGUGCCGAGACUGCGCAGGAUGCAGCGAAACAUGCUCAACUAGCGUAUGAGAUGACGCAGAAGAGCCUGGCUAUGCUGCACAAGCUUGCCGCGGCCAUGGCUCGUGUCAGCCAUCCUGCUAAACGGUGA